CACAAACCACAAACCACACAACACAAAAAUGAACUACCGAUCAAUCCUUUUGCUUCUGGCCGUGGCUAUCAGCCUCGUCGCAGCAGAACAAUGUCCUGCUAACACUGAAUCCUGCACUCUCCCCAAUGGAGAUGUUGGUGUCUUUAUGUACCGACCAACCGAUCCCAGCCAACUGCAACAACCAAGAAAGCAACAAUCCUCUUCCCGACGAUUGGGACACAGCCACCACCACCAAGAGAAGCCCAAAGCCAGCACCAAGCGUCGUCAAAACCGACAUGGAGUGCACCGAUUCCAUUUUGGCAUGUCCUCCACCCAAUGCGUUCCUCAGAACUUGGUAGAAGAUGCAUCGGAACAUUUGGCCUGUGGCUGCGCUGGUGGUGUCUGUCCGGAAAUGCUCCAAUGCGGAUGCGGAUGUGACAUUACCAACCACAAGGGCGAUGUUCUAGCAGCCGGUGAUGGAGUAUGGGUAUCCAUCACCACUACUUCCGACAACACAGUCCAAAAGUGCGUCCGACCAGAAUAUGCCGAACCCUCUCGUGUGCAAUGCGUGCAAGAGUGUCCCAUGGCAUAGAUAGAUCGCAACGCACCUUUUUAUUGGGGAACAAAAGCAAAAAGCCACCAAGCUGCUACAUCCUUGGCUGCUACUAAUGGGAAACGGGGCAUCUCAUGGGAACGGGAAACACACAACGCUAUCAGCAUGAUUCAUGCUCUUUCAGAUUCUGCUAGACUGAAUACACUCUUCCUACUUCCUACAUCCAACUUCCUACAACUGUACCAUUAUUACU